GCGCAUCUACAUGUCGGAGAACGCCAUGGGCUCCACCAUGGUGGCCGAGCACUUUGCCCACGGCGAGCGCGCCCUCUCCUAUGCCCGUGAGUUCGCCGGGCACAAGAAGAAGGCCGGGGGCAUGCCGGUGGCCUGGCUGGAGAAGACCAUGUGGAACCUGGGUCUGGAAGUGUACAAGCAGGACUUCUCCCGCACGCUGCCCUUCCCGGAUGAGGCCCGAGAAAGAUACAUGGUGAGGGGCACAAACGUGUACGGGAUCCUGCGAGCGCCACGGGCGGCCAGCACGGAGUCCCUGGUGCUGAGCGUCCCUUGCGGGGAGGGGCAGCAGAACAACCAAGCCGUCGGGCUGAUGUUGGCGCUGGCGUCCUAUUUCCGAGGUCAGAUUUAUUGGGCCAAAGACAUCAUCUUUUUGGUCAAUGAGCAUGACCUGAUCGGCAUGGAGGCCUGGCUGGAGGCUUAUCACGACGUCAAUGUGACAGAGGUGCACUCAUCCGGGACGCUGGGCCGGGCAGGAGCGAUCCAGGCCGCGAUCUCCCUGGAGCUGAGCAGUGAUGUCGUCACCAGCUUGGACGUGGCAGUGGAGGGCUUAAACGGACAGCUGCCCAACCUGGACCUGGUCAACCUUUUCUACUCCUUUUGCCAGAAGAACGGCCUGCUGUGCACCAUUCAGGGAAAGCUGCAGCGUUCCGAGUGGGACUCCCUGCCGGCCUACCUGCACUCCCUGCAGACGCUGCUGCUGAUGGUGCUGAAGCAGGGCUCGGGCCGCCCACAGGGGGACCAUGGCCUCUUCCUCCGCUAUCACAUCGAGGCCAUCACCGUGCGUGGCAUCAAUAGCUUCCGCCAGUACAAGUUUGACAUGGGCAUGAUGGGCAUAACCCUGGAGGGAAUGUUCCGGAAGCUCAACAACCUGCUGGAGAGGCUGCACCAGUCCUACUUCUUCUACCUCCUCCCCUCGCUUUCCCACUUUGUCUCCAUUGGGAUCUACAUGCCAGCUUUGGGCUUCCUCAUCCUCAUCUUGGUCCUCAAGGCCCUCGACCUAUGGAUGAAGCUCAGCCGAUUCGACACGGACCUGGAUGGCCGGUUAUGUGAUGGACACGAAGGGCCGAGUUCUGCAGCUGUGGAGGAGCCCAGGCCCAGCCUGCUGACCCUUGUGCCCCCGCUGCUGAUCUGCCAUGCCACCGGGCUCGCCCUCUACUUCGUGCCCAUCCUGGGGCAGCACGUGGCCACCCAGCACUUCCCGGUCUCCGAGUCGGAGGCAGUGGUGCUCACCGUCAUUGCGAUCUAUGUGGCAGGCCUCGCUUUGCCCCACAAUACACACAGGGUCUUGACGGGCUCCGGAAGUGAUCACGGUUGGAUGACGGUGAAGCUCCUGGCCCUGCUCUACCUGGCGAUGCAGCUGGGCUGCAUGGCCCUCAUCAACUUCUCCCUGGGCUUCGUGCUGGCGGUCACUCUGGUGCCGGUGGCUGCUGUCGUCCAACCCACAGGGCCCAAGUAUCUCUACGCUGUCCUGCUGGUGCUCGUCACGCCGGCUGCCACGCUGCUCUUCUGUCUCUUCCUGUACCACGAGCUCAUCGAAUACCCCAUCACAGCCCUGGAGGGCUGGCAGCGCUUCCUGCAGGCGAUCGCUGAGGGGCUGCUGGAUCAUCAUCUCUACGGCUCAGUCGUCUUCCCCUUCAUUGCUUUCUUCGUCUAUCCUUGCUGGCUGCUGCUGUGGAACGUGCUCUUCUGGAAGUAGUUCCUCCGGAGUGCCCUUGGCCGCCCAGGCCUGCCGUGCCACCCCUGUUACAAGAGGCGCGCACUCUGCUGCAGCUGGCGCCCCGGGAGUGUCUGAAGAGCGAGACUCCUGGGGGUGUGUGUGUGGAAAGGGCCAGGAAAGCGGGCAUUUGGAACCCAGGUGGUGGGGCUGUUGCCUGGGGCUUUCUCCAUCAGGAGUGGGAUUCCACCCCCAGGGCAGGAGUUGACACGACUCCUCGCUUGAGGAGAUGCGAGAGAGGCAGCUGCUCGUGCCUUGCAGGAGGAGAGGAUGGGACGUGGAAGUGGCUGGCAUCUCUCCCUCCCUCCCUCCCUCUCUCCCGCUUCUUCAGCAGAGCCCAAAGGUUUUCCUGUAAUUCCUACCACGUAAGGAAGGCCCAGUUUGGAUUCUCCUGUGAAGGAGGAGCAUAUGGUCUCAGCAAGUUCAGUUGUUUUGGGUGGGUGGGGGGUUGCAGCAUGCAAAUGAUCUGGCAGACACCUCGCAGGCUUUGACAUUAACGAGCCUAAAUCAUGCCCUGGGGAUGGGGCUAAAUGGGAAAGUGUUCCAGCAAGGGAGCGGAUGCCCCUCGGAUGCUGUCGAGAGAAAGGCUAUGUACAAUCUUGGAGAAAUAAAAGAGAUGGCUUUGUUAUGAA